AUGUCGUCCAAACUAGAUUUACUCAGACAAGAAAAUGCAAAACUUAUGGGUGAGAACGCUUCGCUCUUGGCUAAGGAAGCAGGGCUUAUGGCCAGAAUUGUGGGAGAUAUGGAGUCACGACCCCAAGUUAAUCAUAAUACAAAAACCGUUCCCUCAGGGAACGAUCAAAGUCAUGUAAUUUUAACUGAGUCACCUUCGUUGCAAACUGAAGUGUCUGAAUUAGAACAGGACGAUGAAAUUGAUAAAACCCAAAUUGUUGAACAAGGGAAUGAUCAGAUUAAUGCAGAGGUAAGUGCUUCAUCAAAUGCACAAAGUGCGCUUUCUCUGAAAGAUAAUAUAUUGCCAGAAAAUAAGAUUCCAUCUAUAGAUCAUGCCAGUGUAUCAGCUCAUGAUCGUAAUUAUUUUCGUAAUAAAAUAUUAGGCCGGUAUCCUGAUAUAUAUAGAGAAUUUAGUAGCAAAAAAUUCGAUUAUUAUGAAAUUAUUGAUAAGUCAUUAUGUCCAGCAUGCAAGUCGAGUCAUAAGGAUGAGAAGAGUAUAAGAGGUAGAUGUGAAGCUGGGUCCUAUUUUAUUAAAUGUGGAGAGUAUGAAAUUGAGAUCACAACAUAG